UGCGGAGACCAAGUAAUGCAAGUGGCCGAUCAGCUGACCGAAGAGCAGAUUGCUGAAUUCAAGGAGGCUUUCUCCCUGUUCGAUAAAGAUGGCGACGGCACCAUCACAACAAAGGAACUUGGAACUGUCAUGAGGUCUCUGGGACAGAACCCAACUGAAGCUGAAUUACAGGACAUGAUCAACGAGGUGGAUGCUGAUGGUAAUGGCACCAUUGACUUCCCAGAGUUUUUGACGAUGAUGGCUAGAAAGAUGAAGGACACAGACAGUGAAGAAGAGAUCCGUGAGGCCUUCCGAGUCUUUGACAAGGAUGGUAAUGGCUACAUCAGUGCGGCCGAGCUACGCCACGUCAUGACAAACUUAGGAGAAAAACUAACAGACGAAGAAGUAGAUGAAAUGAUCAGAGAAGCAGACAUCGACGGCGACGGACAAGUCAACUAUGAAGAAUUCGUACAGAUGAUGACUGCAAAAUGAAGACCUUCUUUCACUCCUUUAUGCCCCCCCACUAGAAGAAUCAAAUUGAAUCUUUUACUUACCUCUUGCAAAAAAAAAAAGUUCAUUUAUUCAUUGUUUCUGUAUAGCAAAACUGAAUGUCAAAAGUACCUUCUGUCCACACACACACACAGACACACACACACACAAAUCUGCAUGUAUUGGUUGGUGAUCCUGUCCCCUAAAGAUCGAGCUACACAUCAGUUUUACAAUAUCGAUACUUGUACGAACCUGACUGAUAAGGAAGCACUCAGUGGGCUCCUCCAGGAACCGUUGGCU